AGUGUAUAAAAGAUUUUUUGAAAUAAAAUUUUCCCCAUUGGCUUUGUGCUUUCCAUUUUCCACUCAAUUUGCAGACUCCGAUUUUCAAGCACAAGACAUCCAUCGCGGUGCCCCGAGAGAGAUUCGCUAAACCCACAAUUCCACCACUCCGAGAGCCAGAAAUUAAAAGGCGGUACAAAGAAAGAAACAAAACGACACGCCGUAAAAGCAAAACACAGAGAAUAGCAAGUAGAAGAUUUGGAACGUGAUAAUAACGGAAUCGUUGGAGCGAGCGAGCGAGUGAGUGAUUUUCGAUUUCUUUCCCUUAUGUAAUGCAUCAGAAGAAAUCAGAGGUUCAGAUCGGAAAAGAAAGCGUAGGCGUCUCUUCCGAUUUCAAUCCUUCGCCGCCCCUGCAAUACCAGAAACACCCGCACCACCGUCACCAAUUCUAUCCGCAAAUUGAAAUCGAUAUCUCCCCACCGCAACAGCGCACCGGACCGCCGCAGGUAACCCCUCCGCCCUCGCUCUCGAAGCAGAAGCACCUCCACCCGCACGCCCAGCCGCCUCUCUUCAAGUCGCACAACGCCGCCUUCUUUUCCGUAACGGUCGCUGCCAAGAGCGCCGCCUUCCGCGCGCUGCGUCGCGUCAGGCGCCAGCGCGCGUUGCUCCUACUCGCGGUGCCGCUCCUCUACCUCUACUUCCUCGUCUCGCGCUCCUUCCUCCUCGACCUUCUUUCGGCGAUCGCCUUCUCCGCCGCGCUUGUGUUCUCUCUCAACCUCGCGUUUCCGCUGCCGCUCCGCUCUAUUCGGCUCAAGUCGCCGUCCGCUGUGGUCACCCGCCCCGCGCCGCAGCUGCCGGUGUUCUGGACGAUUGGGUCGCGGCCCAAGUCGGAGAAGCGCGUGGCGUCGGGGUGCUGGGUGCAGGUCUUCGGGAACGGCGACGUUUACGAGGGGGAGUUUCACCGAGGGAAGUGUUCCGGGAGCGGGGUGUAUUAUUAUAGUAGGAGUGGGAGGUACGAGGGGGAUUGGGUGGAUGGAAAAUACGAUGGCUAUGGGGUGGAGACUUGGGCGCGUGGGAGUCGCUACCGAGGGUGUUACCGGCAGGGUUUGAGACAUGGGUUUGGGGUGUAUAGGUUUUACACCGGGGAUGUGUACGCCGGCGAGUGGUCUAAUGGACAAAGUCACGGGUGUGGUGUUCACACGUGCGAGGAUGGGAGUAGGUACGUUGGAGAGUUCAAGUGGGGUGUCAAGCAUGGCCUUGGUCAUUACCAUUUCAGAAAUGGUGAUACAUAUGCGGGUGAAUACUUUGCGGACAAGAUGCAUGGUUUUGGGAUAUAUCAUUUUGCAAAUGGCCAUCUAUAUGAAGGAGCCUGGCAUGAAGGUAGAAGGCAAGGACUUGGCAUGUAUACAUUUAGAAAUGGUGAAACCCAAUCCGGUCACUGGCAAAAUGGACUUCUUGACAUUCCAAGCACUCAAAGCACUACUAAUCCUGUUUCUCCUGUUGGUCUAUCUCAUUCCAAAGUGCUCAAUGCAGUGCAGGAAGCAAGACGAGCAGCAGAGAAAGCGUAUGAAGUGGCAAAGGUAGAUGAAGGGGUAAACCGAGCUGUAGCAGCUUCUAAUAGAGCAGCGAAUGCAGCCAGAGUAGCUGCUGUGAAAGCUGCACAAAAGCGGAUGCAUCAGGUUAACACCGAAAGCUUCGCAAUUCCUGUCAUGUAAGAGUAUCUCAGCUGCUUUUUUUUUGUAUUACAAGAGAAGGUUGAGAUUGUAGAAGAAAGCCGAUUCCGUAGGUGGCUACAGUAGUUUAAACAGCUUCAUCCCCAUUGCAAUAAUUGCUUUGGCAUUUUGCUUUCUUUGAUUUUAUGUUUUCAUUAUUGGCUGAAAGAAAGCAGAUUUGUUAUCCAUAUCGGCUGCAGUCCUUGUAUAGAGGGAGGAAGGGUGAUGGCAUCCAUACGGUAAAACUAUUUUAUAGAUAACUUUUCAUUUUUUCCACUUUUUGUAAAUUUAUAGUGCUGGUGUGCAGAUGAAACCUACCACCGGCUCUUGUUGUAUAAUCGCUUGCUAAAAUAACCAGAGGAGAAAUAUAUACAAUAAAGAGUUAAUUUCUUUCCCUUACUUCAAA